ACCCAAGCAAAUAUGACCUAGGAUUUGAUGUCAAUAAAGCACACUCUGACAAAUGUUUAGCAGUCAGCAGUAGCGGCCGUAUGCUUUACCCCGUUUUGCCGAGGUGACUUCGAUCGUGAAUGAAAGUGACAUUACCAUGACUCUUAAUCUGUGCCGAGCUGGCUCCAGAGUGGCUCAUCUGAAGUUGUCAUGGAUACUGUCCCGUCAUAUGGCUCCAUUAACUUCGAGUUGUCACGGAAGACUUGCAUCUACAGAGGGCAGUACACCAUCACCCAGCAUGUACAAGUUUGUGGUGGUCGGCGGUGGGUCUGGUGGUCUGGCUAUGGCCAGUAGUCUGUCUCGCAAACACGGCAAGGGACAGGUUGCAGUCAUCGAACCAAGCGAGGACCAUUUUUACCAACCGCUGUGGACACUCGUCGGAGCUGGGCUCAAACAAAAAGAACAAUCACGGAGGCCGAUGAAGGACGUCAUGCCCAAAGCCUGCGACUGGAUCAAGGAAAAGGCUGUCGAGUUCGACCCUGAACAUAACAGCGUCAAGACGUCAGGGGGCAAAGUGGUACAGUAUGACUACCUAGUGGUAGCCAUGGGAAUUCAACUCAACUUUGAUCAGCUUAAAGGUCUACCAGAGGCUCUAGAGAAUGAUCCGAUGGUCUGCUGCAACUAUUCCUACAACACUGUCGACAAGACGUACAAGGCCUUACAGAAUUUUAAGAGUGGCAACGCCAUAUUUACUUUCCCCAACACUCCGGUCAAGUGCGCAGGCGCUCCCCAGAAAGCUGUAUAUUUGGCUGAUGACUAUUUCAGGCAGCACAACAAACGUGACCGAGCCACUAUCACGUACUGGUUGCCCCUGCCCUCCAUAUUCUCCGUUGCCCAGUACGAGGCUGUCUUCACAGACAUCUGCAAGAAGCGAGACAUCCAGGUCAACCUUCUACACAAUCUGGUCGAGAUCAAACCAGAGAGCAAGGAAGCUGUCUUUGCCAAAUUAGACACUGAGCCUAAUGAAAUGAUUACUGUGCCUUACGAAAUGCUGCAUGUGCCUCCUCCCAUGGGCCCACCAGAUAUCCUGAAGGCAAGCCCCCUCGCUGGACCAGCAGGGUUUCUUAGUGUCAACAAGGAAACGGGACAACACACCAAGUACCCUAACGUGUUUGGUAUCGGUGACUGCACUGACUUCCCCACUGCUAAAACACUAGCGGGUGUAGCUCAACAGACCGGACCCAUUCUGCAAGCCAUAAGUGCGGUCGAAAAUGGACUGACUCCCGUUGCCAAGUAUGAUGGCUACACAUCUUGUCCUAUGGUAACCAGCGAUCGCACCGCCGUUUUAGUCGAGUUUGACUACAACCUGGAGCCGCUGGAGACGUUCCCGUUCGAUCAAUGCAAGGAGCAACGGAGCAUGUAUUUCAUGAAGGCGCAACUCUUGCCGGCAUUGUACUGGCAUGGAGUACUGAAGGGCUUAUUUCACGGGCCUAGUACACUGCGGAAGCUGAUGCAUCUUGGUUUUUCCAAGUAGAGAAACGGAAAUGACGUUACAGGCAUAUACCCUAAAAUAGAUUCAACAAAUAAUUUGAUCAUUGUAACUGUUCAUCCAUUUUUGGAUAGUUUGAUGUAAUUGUUACUAUUUUGUAGCAGUGAACCAAAUAAUGUGGCACCUUUCGCAUCAAAGCUGGAAUUAUAAUUCGCAGCGCGGCGUUUCGUUUUCCUUAAAGUGCCAUGCAAUAUAAUGUUAUAAAAGGAGUCCUUGAAAAAAAACAUUUUGUAUCCCAUUUAACUUAUUUAAAAUUUUUGUUUUGCCAUUUUCAAGGAUAUUUUGAUGCCCUUAUACUGAUACAUAUUUCCAUAUUCAUGAGAAAACGUGUGGUGUCAUUUUAGGCAGAAACCUCAUUGUUACAUUUCGGCACGGCAGGUUGCCAAAAUGUGGGAGAUUUUGCUGUCAUAAAUUUGAUCAUGAUUCGUUGUUUUGUCAGUACAUGACAGUAGGCCAUUGAGCAAACUUUUCUCACAGAUGUUUGCUAUGAGCAAAUUUUUGGAUUCACGAUUUUAACAGAAAACCCCUAAACUG